CAUCCCCAUUGGGUGGGACGAUCCCGGGAACCCAAGCAGCAUCUCAGCGGGCAACUGCUUAUAAAGUCCACGCAGCCCGCGGGACUCAGACGCCCCAGAUCCCAGAUGGGGGCGAUGGUACCGCGCACACUGCUCCUGCUGCUGGCGGCCGCCCUGGCCCCGACCCAGACCCGCGCGGGCUCACACUCGAUGCGGUUUUUCGAGACCGCCGUGUCCCGGCCCGGCCUUGGGGAGCCCCGGUUCAUCUCUGUCGGCUACGUGGACGACACGCAGUUCGUGUGCUUCGACAGCGACGCGGAGAAUCCGAGAUAUGAGCCGCGCGUGCCGUGGAUGGAGCAGGAGGGGCCGGAGUAUUGGGAGCGGAUCACACAGAGAGCCAAGAGCAACGAGCAGACUUUCCGAGUGAGUCUGAGGAACGUGCGCGGCUACUACAACCAGAGCGAGGGCGGCUCUCACACGCUCCAGCUGAUGUCCGGCUGUGACGUGGGGUCGGACGGGAGCCUCCUCCGCGGGUACACACAGUUCGCCUACGACGGCCGCGAUUUCAUCGCCCUGAACGAAGACCUGAAAACGUGGACGGCGGCGGACAUGGCGGCGCAGAUCACCCAACGCAAGUUGGAGCAGGCUGGUUAUGCAGAGAGCCGCAGGGCCUACCUGGAGGGCGAGUGCGUGGAGUGGCUCCGCAGAUACCUGGAGCUCGGGAAGGAGACGCUGCUGCGCACAGAUCCCCCAAAGGCACAUGUGAACCAUCACCCCAGAUCUGAAGGUGAUGUCACCGUGAGGUGCUGGGCCCUGGGCUUCUACCCUGCUGACAUCACCCUGACCUGGCAGUUGAAUGGGGAGGAGCUGACCCAGGACAUGGAGCUUGUGCAGACCAGGCCUUCAGGGGAUGGAACCUUCCAGAAGUGGGCAUCUGUGGUGGUGCCUCUUGGGAAGGAGCAGGAUUACACAUGCCAUGUGUACCAUGAGGGGCUCUCUCAGCCCCUCACCCUGAGAUGGGAGCCUCCUUCAUCCACCGACUCUAACAUGAAAAUCAUUGCUGUUCUGGUUUUCCUUGGAACUGUGGCCAUCAUUGGAGCUGUGGUGGCUUUUGUGAUGAUGAAGAAGAGAAACACAGGUGGAAAAUCAUGGAAAGUUCUUCUGAUUGUAAGUUUGAUGAGAGCAGGGCAGCAUGAGACCUGAGACCCCUGGAGAAGUGCAGACAGGAAUGGGGCCCUGGGGCAGCUCAGCCAGCCUGGAUCCCCUUUACCCUCAGCAAUGUGGGCUCAGGAUCUGUCCUCUUUGUUUCUUCCACCAGGGGGCAUUAUUGUGCAAGAAUGUGAUGCUUCUCUUUCUUCUUCAACAGGUGAGAUCCUAGAGGGUCUGCAGUGACAGGGAAGAUGGAGAAAGGGGACACCUUUCUCUGAAAACACACUCCGGAUAUUAGGAUGUCAUGGCCUGUUACAAAUUAGCAUUCAAAGUCUGAGUGGAAUUUAUCUUCUUCAUUGGGAAUCAAAAAUUACCAUUGGCUCAAGUGCAAAGAUGACCACACACUGUGUCUUCUUCCUGGGGUGAGGCUGUGAUCCACUGUGCACAGUGCAAUAGCAUUGGAUCCCUUGGAACUGAAGUUACAGAUGGUUGACAGCCCCCAUGAGCUGAUGGAACUCACCCUGGAUCCUCUGCAACAGCAACAAGUGCUCUUAGCUGCUGAGCCAUCUCUCCAGCCACUAUUGGAAUGUUUACAUAAGGAAACCACACAGCUGAUUCACAGCAUGCUGCUGGCUGACCACCAUGAGAGAAUCUAGAGGCACAGGAAAAGAUGGUGUCAAUGGAAUGAGGCCUGAGGGACAGAGACAAAGAGGGGCUGAGCAGGAGGAGGCAGAGGCAAGAGGGAGAUGCUAACUCAGCAGAGUCUCCUGUUUGAGGGUAUUUCUGUCAGACUGCACCGGACACAUCUCCAGAACCCUGCUGGCAUCUUACAUUUCAUAGUGAACAGUGUGCUGGUUUGAAUGAGAACAGCCACACAGGCUCACAGGAAUGAAUACUUCACAUCCAGCUGAAGGAACUGCUCAGAAAGGAUUGGGAUGUGUGGCCUGUUGGAGGAUUUGUGCCACUGGGUUGGCACUGAGGUUGUAACAGAUUUUCACUAUUCCCAGUGUCUCAGCCUUUUGCUUGCAAAUCUUGAGCUCUCUGCUGUUCUUCCCCACAACUCUACUCUGCCAUCAUGGACUCAAAGCCCCUGAAACUACAGAACAGAUUAGACAUUUCCUUUUAUAAAUUGCCUUGGUCACAGUGUCUUAUCACAGUAAUAAAAUACUAACUAAA